UGUUAAUGUUGUGUGUGCUUUAGAUGUUGGAAGUGACAGACUACUUCCCUAAAGUGGGUCCUUCUGCUGGAGGUACUGAGGUUAGGAUAACAGGCAAUAAUCUGGACAUAGGUGAUAAUGUGACAGUGAUUCUUGCCCAUCAGAAAUGUGACAUUUUUACAAGCAGGAAAAUUGAUGAAAUAAUUUGUGUCACUGCGAAUUAUGACAUGUCAUCUAAUGCUUCUCAGUCUCUUGAUGGUCUUGUUUUGAGGAUUGAUAAUGCAACAAAUAGCUAUCUAAUAGCUCAGAAUUUUACGUACACUCCAAAUCCUACAAUACAGAGCAUUUAUCCUGGCAAAGGAUUGAAACACGGAGGUGUUGCUCUUGAAGUCAUCGGAACAUGGUUGAAUUCUGUGCAGAAUCCAAAAAUUCUUUUUCAAAAUGAUGAAUGGUCAGCAAGUGGUGACUGCAAGAAUUCUAAAAUUAACCAAAGUGUUAUGACAUGUCAACAACCUUCUGUUCUGCAAUCAGUUGCACAAGGUGGUCAUGUUUUAUUAAAUGUGACAUUUGUCAUGGAUGGUGUGCCUCAGUCAUCUCUACAACUUCCCGAUCCAUUUUUCAUCAAGCCAGAUCCUGUGUUUCGUUUUUUGGAUGAUGAUUUAACUAUUGGUACAAACAAUUACAUUCUGCUGAAAGGCAAGAAUUUGAAUGUUUUGGAGCAACAAUUUUAUACUAUUUAUCUUGGAAGAAGUAAAGUUUGCAACAUCAUCAUCUUUACUGAAGAUUUAAUUGAAUGUUCACCUGUUGGAGAUGUAGAAGCUGGACAAAUAUUUGAAAUCACAGUCACCGUUGGCAAUUUUAGUGAAGUUCUCGGAAAUGUGACAUAUGUUAAAAGUGGUAAGUAUAACGAAAACAAGUUUCCGAGAUAG